AUGUCAUCAGACGAAAAGAAUUUAAUGUGGAUUGAAAAAUAUCGUCCACAUGAACUCUCCGACUUGUUAUCACACACAGAAAUUAUUUCAACCAUUCAACGAUUGAUCGAUGGCCGAAGAUUACCUCACUUGUUAUUCUACGGUCCACCUGGAACAGGAAAGACAAGUACCGUAUUAGCCAUUGCCAAACAAAUCUUCGGAAACAACUUAUCGCAUAAUGUUCUUGAACUCAAUGCUAGUGAUGAUAGAGGAAUUCAAGUCAUCAGACAAGAAAUUAAAGACUUUGCUUCCACAAGAGGGUUAAAGUUUUUUUCAGCGACUACACAAAAACAACAAGACACACCUGACAUCAAAUUAAUUAUUUUAGAUGAAGCUGAUCAAUUGACUAAAGAUGCACAAGCAGCAUUAAGACGUACAAUCGAGAAAUAUUCGAAAAAUGUUAGAUUUUGUUUAAUUUGUAACUAUGUGAAUAAGAUUAUUCCAGCAUUGCAGUCAAGAUGUACUAGAUUUAGAUUUACUCCUCUCAAGAAGCAUGAGGUUGUUUCAAGAUUGGAACAAAUUUGUAAUGCAGAACAUGUGGUUUUUAAUCAACUUGGUUUAGAAGCAAUUUUUAAAUUAUCUAAUGGUGAUAUGAGAAAGUGUGUGAACAUUCUUCAAUCAACAUACAUGUCUUUUGGUCAAAUCACUGAAGAUAAUGUUCACAUGUGUACAGGAAAUCCACUCAAGAGCGAUAUUAGAGAAAUUGUGAAUGCAAUGUUCAAUGAUGGUUUACAUGAUGCCUACAAAAGGAUUACAGGCAUCAAAACUGACAGGGGUUUAGCACUACAAGAUAUUAUCAGAGAAGUUUUUCAAUAUGUGAUGAGAUUGAAUAUACCAAUGCCGGUUCGAAUUUAUCUGUUAGAACAAAUGAGCGACAUUGAAUAUAGAUUGUCAUUUGGAACAAGUGAAUCCCUACAAACAAUGGCACUUAUUUCUGCGUUCCAAGUAGCCAAAGAACCUGUUUCCACUAAGGAUGAAAAAGCAGCACUUGAAUUACUCAACCAAGAUCAAUAUUGCCUUUAA